AUGUCCUCUCUUCGGGCUCUCGUGGCGGCCGUCGCCCCGGCCCUCGUCCACGCCGCAACUCUCUCGGACGUCUGCACAACCACCCACGCCCAGGAAGCCCUCCCGGCCGCAGGCACCAUCCAAGGUAUCACGAUCGACACGUCCUCCGUCCAGACCAACCUCGUCACCAACGCCUCCUUCACCUCUGAGUGGUACCCCACGAGCACGAUCGACUACUGCAACGUCACCUUCGCCUACUCCCACGACGGCCUCGCCAACGACGUCGUCCAUGUGACCUACUGGGCUCCCGCCCCCGACGCCUUCCAGAACCGCUACAUCUCAACCGGCGGCGGCGGUCUCGCCAUCAACUCGAAGUCCCAAUACAUCCCGACCGGCAUCAUCGCCGGCGCCGUCUCCGGCGUCACCGAUGGCGGCUUCGGCUCCUUCGACACCCAGUGGGACGCCGUUUUCCUAGCGGCAAACGGAACCAUCAACUGGCAGUCCGUCUACAUGUUCGGCUACCAGGCCCACAACGAGCUCGCCACUUUCGGCAAGCAGUUCGCGCGCAACUUCUACGGCGUCGCCGCCGACCAGAAGAUCUACUCGUACUACCAAGGCUGCUCCGAAGGCGGCCGCGAGGGCUGGAGCCAAGUCCAGCGCUUCGGCGACCAGUUCGACGGCGUCGUGGCAGGCGCGCCCGCGUUCCGCUACGGCCAGCAGCAGGUCAACCACCUGACGGCCAACGUGAUGGAGACCACGAUGAACUACUUCCCGCCCUCGUGCGAGCUCGAGAAGAUCCUCAACCUGACCAUCGCGGCCUGCGAUCCCCUCGACGGCAAGACCGACGGCGUCGUCUCGCGCUCCGACCUCUGCAAGAUGACCUUCGACUUCAACACCACCGUCGGCCAGGCGUACUCCUGCGAAGCCACCGCCGGCAGCGGAAACGGCGGCUUCGGCGGCCUCGCCAGGAGACAGGGUCCCCCGAGCAACCCCACACCCGCCCAGAACGGCACCGUCACGGCGCAGGGCGCGGCGCUGGUCAAGGCCUACUACGACGGUCUGCAUGACUCCACCGGCAAGCUCGUCUACCUGAACUACCAGCCCGGAUCCGCCUUCACCGACGCCUCCACCGCGUUCGACGAGGCCACCAACAGCUGGGGCGUGAGCAUCUCUGGCCUUGGCGGCGAAUGGGUCGCGCGCUACCUGCAGCUCCGCGACACCAGCACCCUCGAGUCCGUGGCGAACGUGACGUACGACACGCUGAGGGACUGGAUGCUGUACGGGAUGAACAAGUAUGCCGACUCUCUGCAGACGACCUACCCCGACCUCAGCGCCUUCCAGGCCGCCGGCGGUAAGGUCCUCCACGUCCACGGCGAGCAGGAUGAUUCCAUCCCCGCGGGAUCGUCGGUCCAUUACUACGAGUCCGUGAGGAGCGUCAUGUUCCCCGGCCAGGACUUCAACGCCAGCUCGGCCGCGCUGGACGAGUUCUACCGGCUGUACCUUGUUCCCGGCGGCGCCCACUGCGGUGUCAACUCGCACCAGCCCAACGGCGGCUGGCCGCAGACGACGUUGCAGACUGUGAUUGACUGGGUUGAGAAGGGUGCUGCACCGGAUACGUUGAACAGCACUGGGGAUAUCAACACGCUUUGCAGGUGGCCUCUCAGGCCGCUGUGGACGGACAACGGGGCUUCGUUCAGCUGCGUGUAUGACCAGGCUUCCAUUGAUACGUGGAAGUACACCUUUGAUGCUUUCAAGGUGCCUGUUUACUAA